AUGGCAAGUGCUUAUCUAGAAACCCCUUGUCAAGCUUUCCUCGUCUCCAUCAGCUGGAUCUUCUUGAGUGUCCUCAUUGACGCCCAACUCAUCAUCUUCGUUGUGAGCGUCUGUAUCUUCGAGUGGCUGGGCGUUGGGCUGUCGAAAGAACUCGAUGAUAGUUUGUAUAUCUCUUUCGGGUUGUCCGAGGGCCUUGAUGCACCUGAUCUCGAUGGUACACCAGUAUGCCUCAAUUCUUUGAAUUGA